CAUGAAUGAAUUCUUAGUCGGUGUGCGCAUCCGAUGCGAAGAGUUUCGUCCCCAUUUGUGGUGGGAGAAGUUGAAGCAAACGUGCAAGAGAGUGUAACAGAGAGGUGGCAUAACGAAGGCGACGUUCGAAGAAGAGAGAGAAACGAUCGAGCGUGUGCUGAUUGUGUGCGUGCCUGUGCGAGUCGUCGAGAACAUAACCGUAGUUUAGUGUGUUUAGUUGAAUGAAAGUCCUCUCGUUGUCCAGUUGAUUUGAUUGAUGUUGUUGAAAAAUGGUGUUAUCAAUCGAAAGAGUGAAAGCCAACUGUUGUAGCCUGUACACAAACACCAAUCAUGACCGACACGUCUGAAGAUGGAAACUACCUGGUGCAAGUCAGAGCACAGGUAAUGUCUCGAGAUGACAGCUCGGGAGGAUGGGUACCAUUAGCAGGAGGAGGACUAAGCAACGUGUCUGUGAGGAAGAAGCCACGUCCCGCACAAGGAGGAGGUCCCGAAUCCUCCAAGCAGAAGCACGACUAUCUGAUUUUCGGUCGCAGAAUCAGCGACGAGAGCACCGUAUUGUGCUGCACCAUUAAGAAAGAUUUCGAGUACAAUAAGGUCAUGCCGACGUUCCACCACUGGAAAACCGAGGAGAAGAAGUUCGGUCUCACCUUUCAGACGGCUGCAGACGCGCGGGCCUUCGACAAGGGCCUUCGCACAGCCGUCGAAGAACUGCUUGACGGUUUUGCGGACACCUACCCACAACCCACGGCCUUACAAUACAAAUAUGAAAAAGAUGUUGGCGACGAUGAUGUUUUCAUGACAUUGAAUUUACCACAAGAAGCGCCGACUUCCAGGAGCUCUAGCGACUCCAGCACACAGUCUGACCACCAGAGGCGCAUCCAGUUUGCCACUGCCAUUUCUCCCAGAUCGGUGGAGAUUAGACAGCCGAUUUACGAUACACAGAAACCAACUGGGGAAAAAGUAGUCAGUUUGGAAACGGUGCUUUCUUUUGCAGAGAACUACUCGUACGUUCAGCUGACCACGAUUCACGAUUACAUAAAUCCUGAUCAAAAGUCUGCGCAACCUGGGACGCGUAGAGAAUCCCCGACAGAAUUUAAGAAGGGCUUGGAGAUCGAAACUCAGCAGCCCGUAAUCCAGCAGCAACCUUCGCUACCCCCGUCACUGCCACUAAAGCCCCCCGUGAAGCUGGAGAAGGGCCAGAGGAUCAAGCUUAGAUGCCGGCACUGCCACGAGUUGUACUCCGAGGACCAGAACCCUAAGGGCGCCUGCGAAUACGCCCCUGAUAAAGUGAAGAAUGCCAUAGACACUGUAACGUGCAUAGGUUGCGCCAAGUGCGUAAGCUAUCAUUGUGCGUCUGAUGAGGAGGGCGACUUUGCCCAGCAUCCAUGCGAUUGUUCGGACGACAACUGCUGCAAACGCUGGUCCUGCCUGACUUUCCUUUCCCUCUUCGUACCUUGUCUCUGGUUCUAUCCACCUCUGAAGCUCUGCCACUGGUGCUGCACUCGUUGCGGCGCUUGCGGAGGUCGACACUCCAUCAUGUAAACCUAAGCCAUGGGUAAUAAAAUAAGAGAAGAGAGCGAACGGAUCAGGAGAACAACACACCCAAAUAUCAUUCGAUUCUGUACAAACAUAUUUAAAAGGUAUUUCCCUCGGAUUUCCCGAAUCUUCUUCGGGGCAAUUCAUUCACAUUGUACAUACAACACCGAACUUGAAACGCCCUCCUCUCCUCCAUCCUCAUUCUCUAAUUUAAAUUUUGUACAAAAUUUAACCUAUUUAUUUUCCAAAUUGGACAUUUUAUAAAUAUUAUAUAUUGUUAAGUGCUCAAAACACUUAGGUUGUGACCACAUUAAAACAAACACAAAAUUAUAAUUAUUUUUGUUUUGAACUCGAAGACUGUUACAAUU